UCCUCUUCACAACCACAACAAUAACAAUAAUAAUUAAUAAACAUGGCCAAGCUUCUUGCGCUUUCGCUUUGCUUUUGCGUACUGGUUCUGGGCGCCAGUAGCGUCACCUUCAGGCAGGGGGGGGAGGAGAAUGAGUGCCAGUUCCAGCGCCUCAAUGCCCAGAGACCCGACAACCGCAUUGAGUCUGAAGGCGGUUACAUUGAGACUUGGAACCCCAACAACCAGGAGUUCCAGUGCGCCGGCGUCGCCCUCUCUCGUUAUAAUUAUGAGAUUUUGAAUUCAAAUUUUAUAAAUAACAAAAUAUAUUUUUGGCACUUAUGUCCCCUUGUUUUAAAAAUCUCUACUUUUGUGUUGAUAAUAAUGAACACAGGAAGCGGAUACUUUGGGUUGAUAUUCCCUGGUUGUCCUAGUACAUAUGAAGAGCCUGCACAAGAAGGACGCCGAUAUCAGUCCCAAAAGCCAUCAAGACGUUUUCAAGUAGGGCAGGACGACCCAAGCCAACAGCAACAGGAUAGUCACCAGAAGGUGCACCGCUUCGAUGAGGGUGAUCUCAUUGCAGUUCCCACCGGUGUUGCUUUCUGGAUGUACAACGACGAAGACACUGAUGUUGUUACCGUUACUCUUAGUGACACUAGCAGUAUCCACAACCAGCUCGACCAGUUUCCCAGGAGAUUCUAUCUGGCCGGAAACCAAGAGCAAGAGUUCUUAAGGUACCAGCAGCAGCAAGGUAGUCGUCCACAUUAUCGACAAAUUAGCCCAAGGGUACGAGGUGACGAACAAGAAAACGAAGGUAGCAAUAUCUUCAGCGGCUUUGCACAGGAGUUCCUUCAACACGCCUUCCAGGUUGAUAGACAAACCGUAGAAAAUCUAAGAGGAGAGAACGAGCGCGAGGAACAAGGAGCCAUUGUUACAGUCAAGGGAGGCCUCAGAAUCUUAAGCCCAGAUGAAGAAGAUGAGAGCUCGAGGUCGCCUCCCAGCAGACGAGAGGAAUUCGAUGAGGAUCGAUCUAGGCCACAACAACGUGGUAAAUACGAUGAGAACCGCAGAGGCUACAAAAAUGGUAUUGAGGAAACCAUCUGCUCUGCCAGUGUUAAGAAGAACCUUGGCAGAUCCUCAAACCCUGACAUCUACAACCCUCAAGCUGGUAGCCUCAGAAGCGUCAACGAACUCGACCUCCCAAUUCUCGGCUGGCUCGGUCUCAGUGCUCAACAUGGAACAAUCUAUAGGAAUGCAAUGUUUGUGCCUCACUACACCCUCAACGCACACACCAUCGUUGUGGCAUUGAACGGACGGGCACAUGUGCAAGUGGUGGACAGCAACGGUAACAGAGUGUACGACGAGGAGCUUCAAGAGGGUCACGUGCUUGUGGUGCCACAGAACUUCGCCGUCGCAGCAAAGGCCCAGAGCGAGAACUACGAAUACUUGGCGUUCAAGACAGACUCAAGGCCCAGCAUAGCCAACCUGGCCGGCGAAAACUCCAUCAUAGAUAACUUGCCGGAGGAGGUGGUUGCAAAUUCUUACCGCCUCCCAAGGGAGCAGGCAAGGCAACUUAAGAACAACAACCCCUUCAAGUUCUUCGUUCCACCUUUCGAUCAUCAGUCUAUGAGGGAGGUGGCUUAAGAGCGCUACUUUUAGACACUCUAUGUAGUCAAUAAUCAAUAACAAUAAUGGUGUACUUAAUGAAUAAGAGAACAAAGGGUUUGAAUACCUUUUGCGCGGGAAAACCAUGAAUAAGAAAAGCCAAUUUCAUUACACCGUAA